AUGCGCAUGUACUCACUCUUCCUUGCAACCAUUGCACUGGCUAUCGGUGCCCAUGCCCUUCCUCAGACAACCGGUGAGACUACCGACGCGUCUACCUGCCUUCGUCUUUGCAGAGACGAGCCCGUCUCAUGCCCCGAUCAGUGGAAGUCUACUCAGAUCACCUCUGAUGGUGAGGACUGCUGGACCUGCUGCGCCGUGGAACCCGCCAAGGAAUCUUCUUGA